UCCGGCGAGGCAAACAUGGGGGAGGCGGAGGUAGUGUUGACUCAGACCGACGAAAAGCCGCCGGACUCGGGCUUGGUUCCCGGAGAGGACUCGGUAGUCUGGAGUCAUGAAGUGGAAGUUUGUCUUUUCCACGCCAUGCUCGGUCACAAACCCGUCGGAGUGAACCGUCAUUUUCAUAUGAUUUGUAUCAGGGACAAGUUCAGUCAGAACAUUGGCAGACAGGUCUCCUCCUCUGUUAUAUGGGACCACCUGGGAACCAUGUACGACAUGCAGGCUCUGCAUGAGUCAGAGAUCCUGCCAUUCCCAAAUGCAGAGAAGAGCUUCUCUCUGCCGGACGACAUCAUUCAAGAUGUUAAAGAAGGAAAGCUUGGCUCAGAGGAGGAGCUGAAGGAGGAGUUCAGGAUGGAGAGAGAACCUCCUGCCACACAUGAAGAAGGCAGUAACUCUUCAGUGAAGCUGUCCGAGAGAGGGAUGAACCGGGACAAGGAUAGAGAGAGGGAGAAGGGAGGGAGCGAGGGAGGCGGCGGAAAGGAGGCGGAGAAGAGGAAGAGGAGUCGCACAACAGAGAAACUCCUGUCCUCCUCAAACCCCGCAAGUCCCGGAGGAGCCAAGAGGAGACGCACCUGAAUACUGCCAGGGGGCACCACGGAGUCCAUAGCCAUGAAGACUACAGUGAGACAGGGAGAGAGGUCGGGAGAUGGAAGGAGAUGGAGGAGAGGAAGGUGAAUCUGUCAGUGGUUGUAAUCCGAACCCUGCGUUCGUCUUUACUCUCAGAUUCUUCUGCCCAGCAGAUCAUUUGUUUCAAAGAUUAUUUCCACAAACCUUGUGCUUCAUUUCGACCGCUCCCUCUCCGAGUCCCGGAGAGGGAGCGAGAUGCACUCCGAGAAAAAAAAAAAACCUGACGGAAGGAGGAAGAAUAUGUGGGAAUCACUCUGACAUCUAGAGAGAGAAAAAGAGUUUAGAGAAGUUCAGACGGACCGAGCAGAAGGGUUUCUUUAUGGAAGGGAGAUAUGUCGUUUUUAGGGUUCAUGUGGUGUUUCAGAUUAUCUCUUAUUCUUUUAAGUGUGAAAUGUUGACUGUUGCCCGCAGACGGUUUGUGUUUGGCUGGAAGUCGUAGCGAGACACGCGUCGAGAUGCGUCGUCUCUUAGUUCCUACAAAUAACUUUGAUUUUUACUCUUAUUUUUUAGCAACAUCAUGUUAAUUUAUUGUUAAGCUUUUGUCAGGCUGUGUGUGUGUGCGUGCGUGUGUGCGUGCGUGCGCGCGCGCGCGCGCGCGCCUCAUUAAACAUGACCUCAAAUCGGCUCUGUUCUCUUAUUGUCCUUUACUCAUCCAGACAGAUCAGAAUAACAUUUACUUUGCUGAUCAUGUUCCAAGACUGUUACAAAGAGAUUCGUAGACUGUUCACGGUCACACAACUUAAACAAAGCCAAACACACGGGUGUACACCCGCUCACAACUCGGGCGGAAACCGGCAAAAACGAAAAUAUUGUUGUGGAAGCUGAACAAGCGAAAAGUGUAAAAAUGAAGCCAUGUAAAGCUGUAAUGCUCAUGUCGGCCACACGGGGGCAGAGUUCCACUUGGGCAGGCGCGCCGGGAUGUGUUGAGGAAACAAUGUGAAUAAAAGUGACUUGGA